AUGCCAUCGACCUCAGAUACGGAAAGAGGCCGGCGUGUGCAUAAAGAGCACAUCCAUCAGCAGUCGGAUCAGCCUUCCUCCAAGUGUCGAAAGUAUCGAGACGAAUUUAUCCAGUAUGGAUUCACAUGCGUCAUCAUCAACGAAGUACAACAUCCCCAGUGUGUAGUGUGCACUGAGGUGCUAGCACAUGAAAGCCUAAAGCCUGUAAAAAUGCUACGACACUUGAAAACCAAGCACCCCUCUCUUGCUGCUAAACCAGUAGAUUUUUUCCGACGAAAGGAGCGAGAGUUGCAAGGCCAAAAGAAAGUUCUAACUAAACAAACAACAAUCCCUGCCAAAGCUCAACAGGCAUCAUAUGAGGUGGCAUAUUUAAUUGCACUGGCAAAAAAGCCACACACGAUCGGUGAAACCCUUAUCAAACCCGCUGCUAUAGCAAUAAGUCGGGCUAUGCAUGGGGAUAAACUGGCCCGUGAGCUAGAAGCAGUGCCUCUGUCUAACGGGACUAUUGCCCGGCGCAUCUCCGACAUGGCCCAGGACAUAAAGUGUCAGCUGGUGGACAGAGUGAAGAAAGGGAAAUAUGCUUUACAAUUAGAUGAAUCCACAGAUGUAUCAAACUCUCCCCAGCUGCUUGUAUUCGUCAGAUACAGUUUUGACGGAAAACUUAACGAGGACAUUCUGUUUUGCACCGCGCUUGAGGGAACGUGCACAGGCGAGGACAUUUUCACAAAAGUUGACAACAAACUAAAAGAAGAGGGACUGUCUUGGGGUGAGUGCAUCGGUGUGUGUACAGAUGGUGCUGGAGCGAUGCUGGGGAAAAAGAAAGGCCUUAAAGCAAGAGUCUUGCAAGUGGCGCCUCACAUAAAUUUCACGCAUUGCAUUAUACACAGAGAAGCUCUUGCGAGCAAAACACUUGACCCAGAACUUAAACGUGUUCUUGAAACCGCGAUAAAAAUUGUCAACUACAUAAAAGCGCGUCCACUCAAUAUCAGGCUGUUUGCCACUCUCUGUCACGAACUGGGAUCGGAGCAUGAGUGCUUGCUGUUCCACACAGAAGUCAGGUGGCUUUCGCGAGGGAAUGUGCUCAGCCGCCUGUUUGAGCUGCGGGACGAAGUGCGCUUAUUUCUGAUGGAGCAUGCGUCCCAGCUCGCUGACCACCUCACUGAUCCUGACUGGUUAACAAGGCUAGCGUAUCUGUCUUGCAUAUUUGAAAAACUGAAUGGCCUUAAUAUGUCAUUGCAAGGUGAAAACACAAGCAUCAUGUCACUGAAUGAUAAAAUCUACGCAUUCACGAGAAAACUUGAGCGCUGGACUGAGCGAGUUGAAAUGGGUAGGAUUGACAUGUUUUCUGAGCUGGACGAAUUCAUUGAGGAAAAUGAACUGAGUGUUAACAUAGUGAUGAAGUCUAUCACUACUCACCUUCAAUCCCUACUGGAACACUUCAACAAGUAUUUCCCAAAGGAAACAGCUCCAGAACAAUAUGACUGGGUAAGAUCACCGUUCACUGUAACAAGGGCUAAUCAUCUGACAUCCAACCUGGAGGACGCAUUGGUUGAACUGUCAAGCGACCGAACCUUAAAGACAGCGUUUAAUUCCAAGACGCUGGCUGAGUUCUGGAUUUCUGUCGAGAAGGAAUACCCACAGCUAUCCAAGGCCGCUAUGGAUGUACUGAUGCCUUUUGGCACUACCUACUUGUGCGAAAAGACUUUCUCGGCACUCACGUACAUUAAAAAUAAACACAGAUCGCGACUGAAUGUGGAGGACGAACUCCGAGUGGCGGUCUCCAAAAUUAAACCAAGAAUGGACUUGCUGUGCUCCAAGCAUUGUGCCCAUCCAUCUCAUUAG